AUGCGCAUCUCGUUCGCCGUCAUUGCGCUCUCCAUUGCUGUGACCAGUGCCCUGGAGAUCACUGCUCCUUCCCAGUCGGUGUUUUGGGUACAGGACACCAGCAACACGAUCACAUGGACGUUCAAUGAAGGCGACCCAAGUCCGCUUACCAUCAUCCUCGAGAAUACCGACCCCCAGAUUUUGAAUGGGGUAGGUCUGGCCCUCACGUCAAGCGUGGAUACUUCAGCCGAGUCUUUCACUGUCGCGAACGUGACAUUCCCCGCCGUAAACGGCUACACUGUUGAGUUCGUCGACCCUGUCAACAACAAUGUAGUGUUCGCCAGCAGCGCCGUUUUCAUGAUCAAGCCUGCAGGCUCUGCCCCGCCCCCACUCUGA